CUUCCCGUGGUUGCCCAAGCGCGGCAUCUCGGGGGCGGCGCGCGCGCAACUACAAAUAUCAGUUAAUUCGUCGCCGGCGCACACUCGCGGGCACUCGGUCGCUGCAACCUCACCAAUUACUGAACACCCUCUAUAACUCGGACAAUAUGAAAGUGUUUUUAGUUCUCUCGUUAAGUGUUCUCAGUGUUUUUGCAAAAGUGACCCCUGAUUACUUUCCAAAAUGUAAGCGGAGCGAUCCCCAACUGGACAAGUGUGUCCUGGACGCUAUCGAAGGUAUGAGGCCAUACAUCAAGCAAGGCAUCCCGGAGGUGAACAUCCCACCGCUGGACCCCUUCACCGUGCCGACCCUGAAGCUGGACAGGACCGCUCCCAACCUUAGGCUGAAAGCAACUGUGAAGCAAGCGAAGGCGUUCGGUGGCAGUGACUUCAAGAUUGAAAAACUGAAAUUUAACCUGAACAACAAGUACGUCGGGGAGAUUAAGCUGGUGCUGCCCAAGUUGAUGGUGACUGCCAACUACGACGUGAAGGGCUCCCGACUCCUGACCCUGGACAUCAACGGCAAGGGACGCCUGCUUGGAAACUUCAGUGGCAUCAUAGUCCAUGCUAAGGGCAGUGCGAAGCCCAUCACCAAAGACGGCGUGGAGUACCUUCAAGCUGACAAGAUCAUCACUAAAGUCAGGAUCAAUCAUGCACAGGUGGAAUUCGCUGAUACCGAGAGACCAUUGGCUGCCGCCUCUGCAGCGUCAUUCUUCAACUCCAGCCCAGGAGUCGUCCUGGACAUCCUUAACCCGUUGAUUGAGGAGACCAGCGCUGCAGUGGUCAAAGCCUUCGUCAACAAGAUCUUAGGGAGCAUACCGAUCAAUGAAGUUUUGACAGAAGAUGCGGCCGCCAUAGGCGUGAGCUCUAAAGGGAAAAGGUUCGACAUGGAUCUGUUGAAGUUAAUUUUAAUAUUGAUAGUAAUAUGUGUGGACUGUGCGUUUGGGAGACGGUUGAACAGGAAUGGGACUGAAGAUGGAGAUAGUAGUGAAUUACCCAAGUCAGUAUGCCACUACUCGGACCCGAACGUAGCCGACUGCAUCCAGCGGAUCGCGGAGCAGGCUCGCCAGCUCCUCGCUCAAGGAGUGCCGUCCCUCAACAUCCAGCCUCUGGAACCCCUCAAGAUCCCCAGCAUCAGGCUGCGGCAGCACAACAUGCCGAAGAACCACUUCAAAUAUGACGCCUGGUUGACAGAUGUCACUCUCGAAGGACUCACGAAUUACACGUUUAAUAAGUUGGACGUGUACCCUGAAGAGUUGAAGGUGACAGCAAACAUCAGCAUCCCUCACCUAGUGAUGUCGGGCGACUACGUCGUGCUCGGCGAGUUUCAAAUGCUGCCCGUCGAGUCCACCGGCAAGAUGGCUGCUAACUUCACGUUAUGCACGGCGGCGCUAGAAGCACUAGGGGCUAGAGUGCACAAGCGCAUGGUGAUCCGAGACGCAUCUGUACACUUGCAGUGCACCGGCCCUCUCAAGGCCAGUCUGAUGGAGGCACACUCAACUACGGGGGAAAUGGAAAUGAUAACAGACCACAUCUCUCAGAUGCACUCUACGGAGAUCGCGAAGGAGGUCCAGCCGGCAGUGGAGACAGCCCUCGGGAUGGUGCUCGAAGACAUCUCCAAUAAGUUCCUCAAGCACAUCCGACCUGAUAUGUUAAUAGUGAGAAGUAUAAUGUGGUCGCUUUUGUUGUCCUUAGUGGUCGUGCAGAGUGCUGCCGGGUUUGACAAGGAAUAUGUCAAUUUUGGAAGCUUCGUGUGCCCUCGAGAGGAAAAAGCGCUUGGAGGAUGUCUGAAAGAUGCCUUGAACGCCUACAUCCCACAACUAGCAACAGGAGUCCCUCAGUUCGGCGUCCCAUCAUGUGAGCCUAUGGUGGUCCCCGCACUAUCCAUCCAGCAGUCCUCAGGAGCCCUGACUGUCAUCUCCAGUUUCUCCAACGUCACUGUCAGAGGACCCUCCAAAAUGAGGGUUCAGGAUGUUAAGGUGGACUCAAAGAAGCACAAAGUGGUCGCCAAGCUGUACAUCCCCGAGCUGAGGAUGAAGGGGCACUACACGUUAUCGGGACAGCUGCUCAUGUUACCCAUUGAGGGAGAGGGAGACUUCUCUGCUAAAUAUGGUGACAUAAGCGCGAUAGUGACUAUAGUCCUGGGUCGUGCCCCGCGCCACAACGACGUGGACGCGCUCACCUGCAAGCACCUGGACGUGAACUUCCACGUGGAGUCCGCCACCAUGAAGCUGGAGAACCUGUUCGGUGGUGAUGGGGAUCUUAGUAACACAAUAAACCAAGUCCUGAAUGAGAACUGGAAGAAACUGACGGAUGAUCUCCAGGCUCCCAUGGAGGAGGCUCUCAGGGACUUCCUCAAGCCACUCGCAGACCACACCUUCUCCACACUCAACGCUGAUGAUAUACUGUCUUCAUAGAACAAGGAACUUUGGAGGCUAUGUGGCGAGUAAGGAAUAUUUUAACAGCAUAUAGUUAGGAGUUCACAAGGAAGUAGGUAU